UUCUGUGUUUAUUUGUUCAUCUCUCUCCCUCUAAGAAAAUCUUUUCUUCGGCCAAGAAAACCAUUUUUGAGAUAAUCAAAUCCUCUAAAGGUUUCAUAUGUUCUCACAAGUAACAUUAUAAGAUCUGGUGUUAUGUGGAAUAGCAGGGAGGUGAAUAGUAACACUGGAAGAUUCAAAUGUUCUUAUCAUCCACUGAUGAAGGCUCUCCUAAUAAUCCAUCAUCUUCUUCCAGUUUCUUACAUCUGACCAACUCUAGUCAUGAGUUAGGUCAAUCACAUCUUUCCAGUUUCUCCAUCAGAGACUAUGCAUUUAGUUACCGGACCAAGAACAUUCAGAAAAGCUGGCCUUUUUCCUCAACAAGUUUGCAACUUUGUUUGAAACAUGGCGUAACUGAUCCAUUGCCACCAAUGCAGCCUCUUGGCUCUGAAGCUAAGCCAAACGUAAUCCCUGCUGAAGAGAGAAGCUGCAAGAGAAAGUUAAAAAAACUUGGCUCCAAUCAUGUAUUAGCAGAGACUGAACAAGUCUUUUUGGCGAGUAGUUUAAAAUGCAAAGUAGAAUUAGCUGUCGUCAACAAGAAUCAUAGAUCAACAAAAGAAGCUGAUGAUUGUCUCUAUGCACUUUCUGAAUCCAUGACUUUGAGAACUUGUCCCAUCUGCAAAACCUUCUCGUCUGCUUCCAACACCACUUUGAAUGCACACAUGGAUCAGUGUCUGUCUGUUGACUCUGGCCAGCACCCAAUGAGUAAGCCUAGGACUAAGCCACGGUUGAAAGUUAAAACGUUGGUUGAUAUUUACGCUACUGCAAAAGGGUGCACAUUAGAAGAUCUUGACAAGAGAAAUGGAACAAAGUGGUCUGUGGUUUCGAGCUACUCUAACCAGGUUGUCUCUGAUAAUACGCUCAAAGGGAAGAAGCGUGUUGGAAAUGAAGACGAUGCUGGCAUUGGACCUGUUUACAUCGAUGCUAAGGGCCAAAAACUGCGGAUUUUAUCUGAUUCACCAAGAAAGCAUGUAGAAGAUGUCAGUGAGAAGAAGCCUUCUAACGAAUGUCAAGGGAAAAGACUUGGGGGAAAGAAACAUUACAAGCAUUGUAAAGUAGCUCCUCAAAGCAGAAAACUCACUGAUCGUCAAGGCAAUGCUUCUGAAGAAUGUAGAGGCAUGGAGAGAUCAGAAACUCCAGGUCCAAGACAGCGGAUCGUAACAAGAAGUUGUCUUUCAAGGAAUGAAAAUAAGAAAGGGAGGAGCAUUUGUGAUCAGCCAUCUGAGAAUGGGCAUUCACUGUCAGGAGAGCCUCUUGUGUUAAGAGGUUCAAGUCAUGCGAGUGUUGAUUUAUCCGAGACAGUUUCUAGCCCCUUGAGAUGUUCAAUGCAUGUGGAUAAGGUGUUUGCAUCUUCUCCAAAGGGCUUUUUGAAGUUAAAGAAAGCUCGGUUGGAUCUCUCUGAGAAUGAAGAUGAAGAUUCAGGGAGAUGGGAGUCUGAAAUGACUCAAGAACGUGAGCUGACACAUUCUGAUGAUAAAGAAGAAGCAUAUAAGGUGUUUCUAAGCUCGGAUCCUUCAGUUAGUAGUGGUGAAGAGGAUGAUAAUGAAGGCUGGGAAGUGACUGGUAAUAACAAAGUAGAUGAUGGUGAUAUGUUUUACAAAACGGAUGAUGCAGAUGCUGUGUUUGAAAGCUCAUUCAUGGAGGUUGAUAUCAUUCCCAUUCCAGGACCACCAGGUUCAUUUCUACCGAGUCCUUGGGAUAUGGAAACUGAUGCAACUGAAAAUCAUGUAAACUCUUCAGUUAUCACAAGCCAGUUCCAAUCUUCCCAUGACCAGCUUGAUCUCACUGACAGAAACUCGUCUGAAUCACCUCUUUCAGCAUUUUUAAACUUUGCAGCUCCUGAAACACAGACAUUCAGAGACAAUGAACAGUCAUGCUGUUGCCAAAGGAAGGAUAAUGUUUUUGAAGAUACAACAUUUGGGAGACCAGCACCACAAAUAAACCAGCAAGAUUUGGAUCUAUUGAGUAAGUCUGUGUCCAAGACUCCUUCAGUUUCCAACCCGGUGUUGCGGCUAAUGGGAAAGGAUUUGAUGGUUAUUAACCAAAGAGAAGAGGCCUCACAUGGAGAUCCAAGUCUAAUACCAACCUCACAGUUUCAUGAUCUCUCUAAGACCAAACAAGUGUUUCCUCCUGUCCAUCUUUUUCAUGGUCCUUAUGGUGCAAAUAGUUUGCAUUUGGACAGCACCACAAGCUCUCACAAAAUUCCAUGAAAAAUUAUAUCAAGACCUCUACUUAUCUUUCCAAGCAUCUACAUUCCAUGACAAUUCUGUUCCUCUCCAGCAAACUUCAUAUGUUUGAAAGAUUUUAAGAAUUUUUUUUAUCAACCA